GGAAAAACGUUCGGUUUGCGCGCGCUUCUCGGUUGCCAAUUGGUCCUGCAUAUAUUUAUUAAUACACAUUAUUAACUUUAUUGCCGCCGCAAUUCACCGAAGAGCUUUCAGGUCGUACAGAGAGUAAAGGGGGCGGCGUGGGGGUGUGGAGAACAUUAACCUUCAAAAUUCGUAAUUUAUGUUUCUCCCCGCAUUUACAUUCUCGAUGCUGGUUUCAUUCAUGCCGUUGAGCGUUGUUUUUAUUGCCCGGCUCGUAAAUCAAUUUAUCGCUCUUUAAAUCCUUCGGAAAACAAAGAACGCUCCAGCGCGUAACAUGUUGUUCGGUGGAAGGAGUUGCAUGCAGGAGGAAUGCUUUUCUUUAUGUAGCUUGGAUGAUGAUGAUGUUAAUGACGAUGGAAAGGUGAUUGUUGCUUUGUUUGGAUGUGUGAUGAUGGAAUUCGGGAUAAAAUAAUAAGAUGCGGAAGCUGUUAUGAAUGGGGAAGUCGUGUGGUGAUGAGUGGGGAAAGGAGAUGGAAAAAAAAAGCAGUAAUUUUAUUUUAUUGCUGGGGCAAUUGGCAACGCUGUUUUUUGGGGGGUCAGUGGCGAGAAAUAAGAAGCAGAAGAAGAAGAGCGGGUUGAGUGUGAAUGCUGGCCGUUCCUCUCAGCGUUUCCGGCUUGUUUCGAAGUGCGGAAGCGUUUUCCGCACACGACUCGGCUAUUUAUAGACGAAGACGACCCGGGGCUGCGAUCAGCCUCAGCCCCCAGAACCCUCAAAUACCAACAGAUCGUUCCCCACACUCUCGCGAACGGCAGCUGCAGGCCCUGCGACAAUGAUGUGAGGACGACUGCCUUGGUCACAAUGUCUCUCUUCCUUAAAGUGUUAUAAUGUUGCUGGCCAUUGGGGAGACUGUGUGUGCAGAGAAAAUGGCCCUAUUCGAGUUUGGAUAAGUUUUGUUUUUAUUUUUUUUUUCCUUCUGUUAUCCCAUGAGAAAAGGAACCUGGCCACCUAAGUUAUGAAGUGUUGUGCAUCAAAACAAUCAAUCGAGUGACCUAACAAAUAAAAACAAAAAACAUUCCACAAGUGAAGCAAUAAAAACAUUUACAAACAAUAUAUAUAGAUAUUUAAAAAUCAAGUGAAGAAUCAGCUGUGCGCUACGAACAAUGUCUCAGAAAACGAAGAUGUGUAAAUCUCCUAAAAAUAUUGUUUAUGCUCAAAGUGAUAAGAUUGAGUAUGAGAAUAUGAAUACGAAUUGCACCAUUGUUGGUUCCAACAACCUGCACCUGGUGAAGAAACCUCAGCUUGUGACCAGCAUGUCUCCAGCAUACUCGAACCCCAGCCCUGGAUACCCACCGAGCCCCUACAGCUCGCCGGCUAGUCUCAAGAGCCCUUCACCGCUGAACAUGAAACCACCAACACCUCAACCAAACUCAAUACCAGUGAUGCAAAUAAUACAUAACAGUCAUCCAGUGAUAUCAAGAAAUAUGUCGCAGCCGCAAAAUGUGAUAAAACUGAAACCGCCUUUAAAUAUUUUACCAAAGCCUUCAGCAAGCCCUCAACAAUCUCCCAAACCUAGUGUCAGUCCGCAAAUAGUUUUACCAGCGAAUCACCAGCAAGCUACAAUAAUGCCUACACCGCAACCUCUUCUUUUAAAUCAAAUGCCUAUGCUAACACCUGGUGUACAAUAUAUUUUAAGACCACAUACCGCCAAACUACCAGCUCAAAUGCAACAGACUCAACAGGGUCUGAUACUGCAGCAAGGAGGUCAGCAGCUGCUGCAGCUUCAACCUCCAAGAUCUCAACCGAUGGUGCGCUUACUUUCUAAUGGUGUCGGCUUACCUACCACCACCUAUGUAACACAGGUUGCUCCACAAAAUAAUAUCCAAGUGACGAGCACGCAAAGUACGCCGCCUAAGAAGAAGUCUCACAAGAAGAAGAAGCAGAAACUGGAUUUGGCAAAUAUAAUGAAGCUAUCAGGUAUUGGGGAUGACGAUGAUGUACAGUUCGAAUCGGAUACAUCGCAGAGCGAGAGCGAGCACAAUAUCCAUUCUCAACCGGCCACGCCGCAACCUCAACCUACGCCUCCAACUAUAGUACAAUCGACGCCUUCUCAGGUGGUCCAGACCCAAGGGACCGUCGACGCAAAGCAAAACUCAAAUAAAGUUAAUAAUCUACAAUUAACUGCAGUGCCUCAAACUAUAAACACGACAGGAGCGCCUGUAGUGCAACUGUUGAACCAUCAGACGUUUCAGGGGGGAACACAAACGGCAACUGCACAACCCACGAGUAUACCGUACAGUCCCUUUCUCACACCGAACUUUACCAUUAAUAAUGGACUGAUGGUCCAACGUUCUGGGGGAUUCCGGUUGGCAUUGGGUGAAGAUGGCAGACUGGUGCUGCAGCAUGAUCCCACGCUAAAUCAGGAUAUACAGUCCCAAUUGUUGCUUCAGAAUAUAUUUGGUUUAAACGGCGGGCUCGUUCUGCAGCCGAGUAUAGACCAGCAGAUCCAUUCGCAGACCGUGCAAACGAUACAGCAGCAAUCUGUGCAGACUAUUCAACAGCAAACUGUUCAGUCGCAGACGAUACAGACCGUUCAACACCAAAUAGUUCAGCCACAGACUAUACAAUCGAUACAGUCACAACUCCAAGGUCAAAUACAGUCUUUACUGCAACAACAGAAUCUGGGGUCACAGUCGAUUGCUAUACAGCCUCAGAACAUCACGAUCCAGCCGCAAGGAUUGCAAAGCUUGCAGGUGUCGCAGCCAAUCAGCAUACAGUCACAAUUGCAAUCCCAGCCAAUUACUAUCCAAUCGCAGGCACCCAUCAAUCAGAUCGCAUUGGCCUCCCAGAGUCAACCGAUUUGCAUGGUGACACAAACUCAACCAAUCAAUAGUCAUAUUCCAAACAUUCAGUCUACAUCACAGCCACAAAUACAUUCACAAUCAGCCCCGGUCCAAAUUUCCCAGGCGAACCAUAUGAUCAGUUUAACGCAACCCAGUCAAAUCUUAUCCCAAAAUCAUACAAGCAAUCUGACGAGCGUUCAACAGCAACAAGCGCAAGUGCAGCAGCAACAACAACCGCAAGUGCAGCAACAACAUCAGCAAGCACAACCGCAACAGAUUCAACCUCAAGUGCAGCAAAGGUUGCAACAGCCGCAGCAGAUUCAACCUCAGCAGCCACAGCAGAUACAACAGCCGCAACAAAUACAACCACAGCAGUUGCAGCAGCCACAACAAAUACAGCAACAACCGUUUACUCCGUUGUCGCAACCUAAUGUUGGGAGUCAACCAGUGUUGAAGGUGCAACCUUUCCAGAAAAGUCAACCACCUGUUCAAACUGUACACCCAAUCCAUCAUCACAACUCCCAACAGCCGCAACAACAACCAUCACAAUCAACGUCUUACGUUGUAAAUUUAACCCCUGAGCAAUUGGAGCAGCUCAAGCGUGACGGUCAAUUAACGAUAAAUGGACAAACAAUAUUCAUGCAGCGAAGUACUAGUACUACAAAGAUCGAAGAGAAGAAAACUUCACCUAAGAUAAAGCCUAUCAAAAAGACGAUUAAAUUGACUGCCAUUAGAGAGAAACUGCCUACUGGGAAUAGUCUUGACAAAGUUAUUAAUAAUGUGAUUAAGGAUUCAGGAAAGUCGGGUCCCGUUUGUAUAGCCCAACGGACUCCCAUCAAGUGCCAAGUGACACAGGCCUCCGUGCAAACCCAACAUAGUACGACCACUACGACGCCAGCUGUAUUAAAGGCUCAGCCUGCGGCAAUCAUUCACCCAUCGGUGCAGCCGACCACUCAAAUACAACCAAAAGUUCAAAUUAUUGCACAACCUAAGGUAAGCCAAGAAAUCGCGCCUAAUCAUCCGGAAGUUGACAAGUUUUUGGGCCAAUUAGUUGAGGAUAAUACUGCUCAAAAGCGACAUCCAAAUAAAGCUAUUGUUACUAAGAGUGUUGCUAAUGUUACAACUCCCCAGAAUAAUCUGGUGCAUAAUUCCGUGGCAACAUCAAUUCCGCAGCCUCGGCCACCGCUAGCAAUACCACCGCAGAUCGCAAAUCCCACGCAGAGAGUGCACACUAUACAGUUGACUCCACAGAAACAGCAACAUUUAAAGAGCAUUCAGGUACAAAUACAGGCGCUGUCGUCACGUUUAGGAUCUGGUGACACUGACGCCCAGGAGGCGCUCAAGUUGCUUUUCCAGGAACAGCAGAAGAUUCUGGCGACAGGAAAACUUCUGCCGCCAGAUAAAGUGUUUUAUCACAAUAAUCAACUUGUGGUCAAGAACGAUGUAGUUAACACGACGAAUAACAGACAUCCAAUUACGACGACCAGUAGUGCUGUUACCAAUGGACCUCAAGUGCUGACCCAACCACCGACGGUGGCCCAGACGCAACAAAAAUUGAUAGUUUCCAGUGCUUCUGAAAUUCAAGUACAAAAUGCAAUAACCUCUGUAAAAAAGAAUAUUUUGCCAAUUACGCAACCACCAUCGUCAACAUCAUCUUCGGCCGUCGUAUCAUCUGCUCCAUCUUCAACGCCAACUCCGACUAUCACCUCUGUAGUAUCAUCGACACCGAGUAUUCAGAGUUCCAGUACACAACGUUUCAUGCCACUUUAUACUAAAGUGCAAUUAAUCGAGCAACAAUUGAACACGGAUCAAAACGGAGCAGUUAAACCGGAUAUUCAGACUCCAUUUAAGAAUAAAGCUGACGCUUGCAAACGGUUGAUUAGGUAUCAUUGCUUCGAUCAACCGGUGUUGAGUCAGAAGGACCUUAACAAGGCCGACGAAAUCUUCGAGUUGACUGCUAAACAUUUCAUUGACAAAUUUGGAAGGAUGGUGGACAAAUACAGAUUUUUGCUGCACAAAGAAAGUCAACGCCACGUACAAACUUCGGAACUGAUGAUGUUGGACAGAAUGUUCCUUGCCGAAGAGCAGCAGUCAUUAAUCAAACUGCGACAGGAUAUGGAUGAAAAAAAUCAAGAGAUGCAGCAGUCGUCGCAACAGGGAGUUGCCGGGACCUCUGCAGGUUCGGAUGAGAGGAGAAACGAAGAUGGUGAAGACUAUGAUGAAUGGGCAUGUAUUCAGAGAGAGUUGGGUUGUAUACCAAUGACCGGGACUGCUAGUGGCUGUGAGGGCAAGCAAACGCCUGUGACUAGUACUGCAACUAUGGCGACGACGACGACAACGACUUCCGCGAGUACUCUGAGCACGACGACCGCCACGAGCAGUAAUUCGCAGUCGAUGAAGAGGUCGUCGAGCGCGGACUCGAGGCUUGAGACGUUAAAGAAGUUUCGCGUCGACAAGCAUUGCAAGAAGAUGGAAGUAGUGAGUGCUAAUUGUACGAAAGCCAAUUACCAAAGUAGCAAUACGAACGUAUUCACGACAACGGUCGUCCACGGUGCUAAUUACCAAAGUAACGAGAUCAACCAACGGGCGAUCCAACGGACGAACGCUCGUAAUAUGCAGACCAAUCAGGAUAUGCCUUUUCACCACAACUCAUCCAUCCAUAGUUAUUCCUCGAACUCCGUUCAUCACAUCCAGAAUCCCAUCCAGAGGGUACACAACAUGCAUCACCAGCACGUGGUGCAUAACCAGCAGCUAGUUCAGCGUAACGUUCAGCAUUACAGCAGCACCCAGCAUAUAGUGCAGCACAUCACGCACACAGUACAUCAUACUCAGCAGAUGCAUCACACGACGGGAGCUGGAAGUAGCGGCAGCAGCAGCAGCACUACCCAUCAUCACCAUCACAGUAGCAGCAUCCAUUCCCAAAAUAGCUACAGCAGUGGUAACGAGGAGCUAGACAAUAACGAUAGCAUCGACGAGCAGGUUCAAUCUGCUAUAGAUUCAAUAUUGAACCUGCAGCAGAACACGAGCCUAGACCUUGACGAGACGGUUCAGAGCAUGCUGUCGUGACGUUAACGUUACGAGUUUCUUUUAUACACCAUCAAUAUGUACAAAGGAAAGAAGGAUAUUCUUCAUAGUUUUUACGUUCACCGUGUAUAUAUAUAAUUAUAUUUUUAACAGCAAUUGUAACGGACGAAAAAAGUAAAUUGAAAGCAAUCCCUCCUCAGUAAAGAAAAGCUAAUAUUUAACAACAACAACAACAAACGGCAACUAAACUAAUGGCAGCAAAAGCAACCUAUGAAUCACAAAACAAUUUAGUUCAUUAUUUUAUU